UAGUAAUACUCGGCUCGCCGGACACGUGAGAUGUCUUAUUUGUAAUUUAUUUGUCAGUUAACAGCAAGUUUAAUUAAAUUGCGCUUCGAAACCGGAUUUUUAUGAAGAAGUGAUCUUACUAAAGAGUGAAAAAACCGUCCAAGGAUGUGGCUUCAAAGGAUAACUGCAUUAUAUUUUAUAAUAGUGACCAAUGUAAAUACACAAACGGCCUUGCCAGCAAAUAAUACGUCACAAUUAAUACGUCGGGAGAGGCCAUGGAUUUGGUUAGGCGUAAGUCCUAAAGUUACGACAGCAGGGCCCACCACCGAGAGUGAGGACAAUCCCUGUUCUCCAUACAACCCACAAGUGCCCGACUUUAAGGCUCCAGGCCGCAGAAUUAGUGAAUCAAAAUGUUUAGAGUAUAUAUGGGAAAGAAAAAAUAGACGGGAACAAAGCACAAGGCGCCAUGAAUGCUUUCAGUACAAGCUCAGGCAGGAAGGCGCAGCUGUCCCUCACUUUGCCAUUGGUGGUAGAAACGCUUUGCCGGCAGAAUUUCCGCAUAUGGGGGCACUGGGAUGGAGAGCAGCUGUGGGCACGUGGGUGUUCAAGUGUGGAGCCAGUCUGAUCAGCUCCAAGUUCAUGCUGACCGCCGCGCACUGCUCGAAGGCUUCACCGCUCGACACCAACCUGAUGAACGUCGUGCCCGAGAUCGUACGACUUGGUGACAAAAAUAUUAUAGACACGGUUUCAAAUGGUUUCAGUCCAAUAGACGCAAACAUUCUAAGAAUAAUUGUGCACCCAGAAUAUAAAGCGCCCAAAAAGUACUUUGACAUAGCGAUCAUAGAGUUGGAGGAAGAAAGACAAUUCUCUAGCAACAUUCAACCAGCGUGUCUGUGGAAUCAAUUCGAUACUAGCAGACUCGGAACUUCUGCUACUUUGACUGGAUGGGGAGUUAUUGAAACAGCUAGAAGACUGACGUCCCCCAUACUCCAAGCUGCUGUGGUGGAUGUCAUAGAUUCGGAGCAGUGCGACAGUUUGCUGAGGUCGUCGUGCAACAGGCAGUGGUGCGGUAUACAGGAGCAUCAGAUAUGUGCGGGGAAGUUGGCUGGAGGCGUUGACGCUUGUCAGGGUGAUUCUGGAGGGCCUUUGCAGAUGAAAAUAUCUCUGCCACCGUCUCCAGAGGGACCGAUGCACUACGUCAUUGGAGUUACAUCGUUCGGAAUCGGCUGCGCUCGGCCGAACUUGCCCGGCGUCUACACUAGAGUUUCAUACUUCGUUGAUUGGAUCGAAGGAAUUGUUUGGCCUGAAAAUAAAUAGUUCUAAUUAAUAA